AUGCCUUCAUGUGCUGUUGCGCAUGCUAUCGGUAACGUGAGAAAGCCAGGGAUAGCGCUCCUUUUUGCGCCUGAGCAGCCGAUGGUCAAAGAGCACGAUGUCAAGAAGUGGCACGUGGUGUAUCAAAACCGAUUCGAUUGUUGGGAAGGACCUCUGAGAAUCCAAGGGACUUCAGCAUUCAGAGAAAUGGAAGCGUACAAUUUGGAGAGGCGAAUCUCCAUGUACGAUCAAGCAGAAUGGGUCGCCGACUUGAACGUCCUCAAGUCUCUAGGCCAGUCCCUGAUCUGCGAGUGUGUGGUGUCCAUGGUAAACAUUGCAGUCAUGAUCCAUCCAUGUCAGCGUGCGAAGUAG